AUGAAUGUGCCGGUGCAGCAUCUCGUCGGUAGAUAUCCGAGUAAGGAACAGUUGACCCUCAAGGGUAUCUGGGGUGGAGGGCUCUACGAGGAGGAGGAGCUACCGUACUUGAACCGGGGCUGGUGCUGGAAGACGCUGCUGCUCUCGGAUCAGGGAGAGGGAUCGUGGUUUGACAUAGCCACCAGCCGGGCCGCUGCGACCCCAGAGGAUAGUGUGCGCCAGCUUACUGGUGAGACGGCGGUUGAGCAGGACACGGACGACGCGCCGCUGGACGACAGGCUGAAGGAACAUGCCACCGCGCAGGAGCAGCUACAGAUCAUUCAGCUGGACGUCAGCCGACUACUGUUGGACCCCAUAUUCACGGUCCCCGAGGUGCAGAACGACAUGGUGGAGAUUCUGCGCCAGUAUAUGCUGGAGUCGGGGCGGCCGUACAAGCAGGGUUUCCAUGAGCUAUGCGGCAUGUUCUACAUGCAGCUUUACCGCAACGGCUACCGGGACGGCAUCCAGCACACCACGCUACAUAUGUUCAAGGAGUUCAUCGCAGAGGUAGCUGUGACCUUCUACGACGAGGGAAACCUCAUCGAGUGGACGAAGAACACGUUUGAACCGAUACUUCGACACGCGUUGCCAGGCUUGUACGAGCAGCUUCUAAUGCACCAUGAGCUGGACAACUCGAUAUGGCUCAUCCGCUGGAGCAGGCUGCUCUUUCUCCGAGAGUUCGAGCUGGAGUACACGCUUUGCUUGUGGGAUCACCUGCUGACAUUUAGAUACCCAGUAUCCCAGCUCGUAGCAGCCAUUAUCGUUGUCUGUCUGACACUCAUUGUACAAGAACUGCAUUCCUGUGAAGACCACGGCGACCUGAUGUCUAUUCUACUGCACUACCCCUCCUCGAAGCUGCUGAGCGCCCCCCAGAUGAUCCGCUCCGCCCGGACGCUUCUUGAUCUGUGGCUCGCCGAACAAUAUGAAGACAUGCAACUCAUCUGCGAUUCACUAAUUAAGUCGCACAACGGCGCCUGGUUCGGACGCAUGCAGGCCGCCGCGGACGGCGGCCACCGCCUGCGUCUGGAGGAACGCCUCAAGCGCCGCGUUGGCGAACGCAUCAGACGCCACCACUCGGUUAGAUAA